AUGAUGGUGAGUGCUGUGAGGGGAGGUGCUGAGAUGGUGAGUGCUGUAAGGGGAGGUGCUGAGAUGGUGAGUGCUGUGAGGGGAGGUGCUGAGAUGGUGAGUGGUGUGAGGGGAGGUGCUGAGAUGGUGAGUGCUGUGAGGGGAGGUGCUGAGAUGGUGAGUGCUGUGAGGGGAGGUGCUGAGAUGGUGAGUGCUGUGAGGGGAGGUGCUGAGAUGGUGAGUGCUGUGAUGUGA